UCUUGACUCGUGCACGAUCGAUCAUUGCAUUCAGCACUCAUUGUAUUUUGCUCCAGUCAAUAUUUUGACUUGACAAGUCUUGUAUUCGGCACGAGGAGAAGGAUCUUUCAGCUAUGGGGAAGAGAAAGCGCCGCUGGGGAGGAGGUGGUGCGUCCAAGCGCUCCCGUGAUGGAGACGGCGCCGACGGACCGCGGCCAGAGCCCAGGCGGGCGGACAAGCGCGUUGUCGUGAAGGAGAACGAGGCGUUUGAGCGCUACUACAAGGAGCAAAAGAUUGCAUCUGAGUCCGAAUGGAGCGAGGUCAUGGAGACCUUCCGCACAGAGCUUCCAGUCGUCUUCCGCAUUGCCGGUGUGCGUAGCCUUGCUGAAGACAUCAGCAAAUGCCUGGAGGAGACCUACUUCACGGAGUUGCAGAACAUUGAAAUCGAUGACUGCAAAGUGGAUCCACCCAAGCCGCUGCCCUGGUACCCUGAUCGUGUUGCAUGGCAGGUCAACCUGAGCCGGAAGACGGUGCGCAAGUCAGAGAAGCUCAACUACUUCCACAAGUUCCUCGUGCGCGAGUCCGAGCAGGGUAACAUCACUCGGCAGGAGGCCGUCAGUAUGAUCCCACCACUUCUCCUGGAUGUCAAGCCAAAUCACAAUGUUCUGGACAUGUGCGCUGCACCUGGCUCCAAAACUGCUCAAAUCAUUGAGAUGAUGCAUUCUCGUGACGGCAGCGUACCAAGUGGCCUCCUGGUGGCAAAUGACAAGGACAACAAGCGAUGCUACAUGCUGGUGCAUCAGACCAAGCGCCUUAACAGCCCGUCUCUUGUCGUGCUGAACGAGGAUGCUUCCUGCAUUCCAAACUUGUGCUUUGAUGACCAGCGGAAAGUCCCAAUCCAGUUUGACCGGAUCUUGUGUGACGUCCCGUGCAGUGGUGAUGGCACGUUCCGUAAGAACCUCGAAGUUUGGCGUACCUGGUCUGCCACCAACGCCAAUGGCUUGCACAGACUCCAGGCAAGAAUUCUGCGCCGUGGUCUGGAAAUGCUGGCUGUUGGUGGACGCCUUGUGUACUCGACGUGCUCGCUGAACCCCGUCGAGGACGAGGCGGUCGUGGCCUCGUUGCUUGAUCAGUGCCAGGGUUCUGUUGAGCUGGUGGAUUGCAGCGACUCCCUGCCAGAUUUGAAGCGCAGCCCUGGUCUAUCUACGUGGAAGGUUGCAGUGAAGAACGGAGAACUCGUCAGCUCACAUGACGAUGUUCCUGAGGAGCUGAAGGAAAGCCACCCGGCAUCGAUGUUCCCACGCAAUAAGCCAGACCUUCAUCUGGAAAGAUGCUGGAGAGUUCUCCCUCAUUUCCAGAACACUGGUGGCUUCUUCAUCGUAGCGCUGCGUAAACUGGCCGUCCUGCCGUGGAUGAGGAGUGCACCUAAGACCACUGAAACCAAGACCGAAGGCCAGGCUACACCACCGGCCACCGUUGAUGGCGAGAAGGAGACUAGUAAUGGUGCCAGCAGCAGUGAAUCUCCAGCUUUUGCUCCGCGUCCUCCAGCAAGGCCCAAGCGUAAGUUCAAGAAUGCCUUCAAGGAGGAUCCCUUCGUUUUCUUCAAGGGCGAAGAGGACCCGAGCUGGAUUACCGUUCGGGAUUUCUUCAAGUUGGGAGAAGGCAUCGAACCACACCAGCUCUUAACCCGCUCGCAUGGAGGUCGCAAGAGAGCGAUCUACAUGACGUCGUCCACGAUCUCAAAGCUGAUUCCGAAGAACGAGGAUUUCGUCAAGGUCAUCAACACAGGUGUGAGGGUGUUUGCCCGGAGCACGCAGGCAGGUGCUGCCUGCGACUUCCGCGUCGUGCAGGAGGGUCUACAUGCCAUCUUGCCGCACAUCAACGCCAGGCGCUACACGAUCCUGGCCAGCGAUGCACUCAUGCUGCUUGCCAAUUGGUCGCCACAGCUGUAUGAUCUCAGCAAGGAGCUGCAGAAGCUGGUCGAAGAUGUCCCAAACGGUUCUUGUGUGUUGACGCUGCCGGCUGGUUCGAAAAGCUCCACGCCCGAGGACUCCGAGGAUGUGAAAGGGUUCUCAGCACGAGCACUGUCCUGCCCGCUUCACUUCAGCGCCUGGAAGAGCAAGUUCACAGUGAGACUGCUGGUUACAGCUGAUGACCGCUCUCACUUCCUCAUGUUACUGGGCCAGGGCAAGGUUGAGGAGAUCCAAGCACAGGUUGAGGCUCAGAUGAAGGAGCUGGCUGGCCGCCCGAAGAAGAACACUGAUGGUGAAGACGCCCCAAUGGAGGAAGCUGGAGCAGACGUGAGCUGUGCUGCGCAGCCAGAGAAAGAAGGGAGCACUGGCAUUGCGCAGGAGGCCGCAGCGGAUGAUACUGACGAGAGCCCAGUUACCGCCGAGGCCGCAGCGGAUGAUGCUGACGAGAGCCCAGUUACCGCCGAUGCCGCUGAGUCAGCAGAGUGAGUGAAGAGCAACGGAGUGACUGUAUUUGCGACGAUCCCCUGCUUCUUCUCGACGGGUUGAUCACCCCGCACCGGAGACAGCGGCUUUCGGAAACCCACACGGCACUUUGUGUGCGUUGCGUCCUACCAAGCAAGCUGUAUCGUGGCGUGCUGACUUUUCUUCAGUGCUCAAACAUUAGCGUGGCGUCAUGCUCACUUCUUUUACCCAGCCUUGCCACAUACAUUCAUGUUCUUACUUGAUGUAUGUGUGCACAUAUGGUGAUGAUCUGACAGCUUUCAGCAAGCCUUUGUCAUGUUUCGAGUGCUGGAUUUAUUUCCGUGUGGCCCCGACCCCCGGGUGGAGGACUGGGUCAGCCGGAUUAUUUUCUUCGUUGAUCUCCCUGUACAUGAGAUUGCCUAUAGAAAUUGACUCUCUAAGAGUUUCGGUCUUUGAAUUCCCAAUCACUUCCUGACAUCAGUUGCGGCAAUGUGUGCAAUUAUGUCAGCCUGUAUGCUGGGCAUCAACAGCAUUUUUGAUUUCAGCAGAGAAGUUCUACAGUGUGAUUUA